CCCCCGAUCGUCUCUGGGCCAAAGGACACCAGCCCCCAGUGGGGGGCGGUGGGACAGCGCAGCGACAAGCGCCCAGUGUGCCCCCCUCUCCAUCUCUCGCGCCUCUCUCGCCCCUCUCUUGCCCCUCUCUUGCCCCUCUCUUGCCCCUCCCUUGCCCCUCCCUCGUCUCUCGUUUGCGCCAUGUCCGCCCCCGCGCCCUCCUCGGUGGGCGCCCCCGCUGCCUCCUCGCGGACAAUCUACCCAUCGCCCUUGGCAUACAAUCUGCGUCGUGUCCGGCACUUGCGGACAAUUACAUCGGCCGGGGCCGGGGCUGUCGCCGGCCUGCUCGGUCUGACCGGGCUCUGGGGGCUGGCAUUGCUGUUCGCCGCCAGCCUGGCCAUGUCCCUGACGAUUCGCAUUCAAACCGGCACCACGGCCAUGACCCUGGGGUCGGACUUCCGCGCGGUGGCCGGGUCCCCGGCAGCCGCCAACUCCCAUGGGUCAUCACAACUGUCCCUCUAUGAGGCCGUGGCCUCCGGAUCACUGGCCUUCUUUCUCAAGCGCCGCGACGCGCACAUCCUCGCCGCGGAUGCGGUGAACACCCUCAUCACAUUCAUCCUCUUCUGGACCAUCACCUACGCCCUGGUUCACAUCUAUUGAUCUCCAGCCGACCCUGCUCUGUUCUGUGCCGGCCCGACCGUGGGCUUUUUCACGAUCUUCCGGACGAUCUCCAGAAGCAGAUUCACAUAUACAGAUUCCGAAUAAACAGAAACACAUCAAA